AUGCUGCUGAAAAUUUUGGCUUGGUCUCUCCUCCUGAAUCUCGUGGCCUCAAGCAAAGACACUUUUACUCUCAACGGAUUCCAGAGGGCUAAUCUAAGCCUGGAUGGUUCUGCCUCUAUAUUUCCCAAUGGCCUUCUGAUGCUGACCAGACUGAGUAGGCAUCUAAAAGGCCAUGCCUUCUUCCCUGUCCCUCUUCGCUUCAAGAAGUCACAGGCCGGUAAGGUUGAAUCCUUCUCUACAAUGUUUGUCUUUGCACUCAUCCCUGAGUACCCUAACAUGGGUGGCAGUGGUUUCACCUUUACUCUCUGUCCCAGUACCAACUUUUCUGGAGCUUUUGCUAACCAAUUCUUUGGCCUUUUCAACAUGAAGAACAAUGGUGAAUUAUCAAAUCAUAUUCUGGCAGUUGAGUUUGACACAGCGCAAAACCCAGAUCUCAAAGACAUUAAUAACAACCAUGUUGGAAUUGAUAUCAAUAGCUUGAUAUCUAAUGAAUCUCACACUGCAGGUUAUGUUUCUGAUGAUCAUAAUCUUGAGUUUAAGAACCUAACUCUUAUAAGUGGCGAACCGAUUCAAGCUUGGAUAGAGUAUGAUGGCAUCAAAAUGCAACUUAAUGUAACAUUAGCUCCUCUCAACAUGUCUAAACCCAAUCUUCCUCUCCUAUCUUGCAAUGUCAAUCUUUCAAGCAUAAUAUUAGAUUCCAUGUAUGUGGGGUUCUCUUCAGCUACAAGUAACAUUAUGUCAUACCAUUACAUUCUUGGGUGGACCUUUAAGAUGAAUGGAAAAGCUCCAGCACUGAAUCUUUCUAGUCUUCCUUCGCUGCCACCACGAACACUAAGUGCAGGCAACAAGAAACAACAGCAUUUGACAUUGUGGCUACCAUUAGCGGUCUCAACAGUCAUUCUAAUGAGCUUUGCAGCCAUCAUAUUGUAUAGAAAGAGGAAGAACAAGUUUGCCGAGCUACUCGAAGACUGGGAGCUUGAUUUUGGACCACAAAGAUUCUUGUACAAGGAUCUUUUUAAAGCAACUAAGGGCUUCAAGGAUAAAUAUCUUCUAGGAGUGGGAGGUUUCGGUCAGGUUUUUAGAGGGGUAUUGCACAAUUCCAAAAUCGAAGUUGCAGUCAAAAGAGUUAAGCAUGAAUCAAGAGAAGUUCGAGAGUUUAUAACUGAGAUGGCAAGCAUCAGUCAACUCCGGCAUCGGAACUUGGUGCAGCUACUGGGGUACUGUCGGCGCAAAGGUGAGCUCCUCUUAAUUUAUGACUACAUGCCUAAUGGCAGCCUCGACAAGCUCCUCUUUGAACAGCCUAAAUCCAUGCUCAAUUGGAGUCAAAGGUUUCGAAUCAUCAAAGGAGUAGCUUCUGCCCUCCUCUAUUUGCAUGAAGAUUGUGAGAAGGUAGUAAUUCACAGAGACAUCAAAGCUAGUAAUGUAUUGCUUGAUAGUGAAUUUAAUGGAAGGCUAGGCGAUUUUGGCCUAGCUAGAUUAUACGAUCAUGGGACUGAUCCCAAAACCACUCAUGUUGUUGGAACUAUGGGCUAUAUCGCACCAGAGCUUGCUAGGACAAGCAAGGCCACCACAAGGUCUGAUGUGUUUGCUUUUGGAGCAUUUGUUCUUGAGGUUGCUUGUGGGAGAAGGCCAAUCGAGCCAAGUGAACAAGCAGAGGAGCAGAUUUUGGUGGACUGGGUGUUUAAGAAUUGGCGAAGGGGAGCUAUCCUUGAGACAAGUGACCCAAGAUUGGAGGGUAACUAUGUGGUAGAAGAAAUGGAGCUGGUUUUGAAGCUUGGAUUACUUUGCUCACACCCAAUGCCUGCUGCCAGGCCGAGCAUGAGGCAAGUGACACAAUUCUUGGAGGGCAACUUUCCCCUCCCAGAGCUCUCUCAUAUUGAUUCAAUUGCUGGCAGCUUGGUGUCAAUCCAAAGUGAAGAGUUUGGUAAUUGCAACAUUAUGCUGUAUCCUUCCUUGGUGACUAUUGAAUCAGUACAAUCCAUAGGCGAAUAA